AUGGUCACCCUCCUCCCCUCCCUCUGGCCAUGCCCAGAUCUCAAGAAAGUCUCUCUCCACGCCCCCGAGAGCCUGUCUUCGUGGUUCAACAUGCCGUUCUCUACCUACCUCGUCCAGGCCUCUGUCGCGGCCCUGCUCGUCGUCCUCGGCGUCCACAUGCAGACCACCGCCGCCCAGGUAACGCCGCCGACCUGCACAAACGUCGACCAGCCGAACCCCCUCUGGGCCCAGCACCCGAACAACGCAACUGGCGUGCUGAACGUCACCAUGGCCAUCUUCCCGAUCCCCAUGGCCGCCGCGCGCCAGAUGGUCCCCUUCGCCAUCCUGGAAAACAACCUCCGCGCCGUGAUGCCAGACUUCCCCGCCGGCAUGUACCCUGUCGUCGUCCAGGCCGGACACGACCACGACAUCCGCUUCCAGGACUUUGGCAUUCCCGACUUCAGUAAAGCUGGAUACGAGUUCCCCUUCCUGGACCUCCUCGGCGACGGCACCUCCAACUUCCGCUGGGCCCCGGAGCAGCUCAUCUCGGAAACCAACCCCGCAGCCGUCACCGGGUCCCAGGCCUACGGCACCACCGUCCACGCCGCGACCUUCGCCCCGGACUGCAACGCCUACAGCGCCCUCUCAACCUGCAGCGGCAGCACCUACUUCAACGGCUCCUCCGCCGCGGGCGACAAGCGCAUCUCCCUCACGAUGCGCCGCGCUGCGGAGCAGCAGCCGAUCCCGUACACGCUGUCCAUGUUCGACAGCAUCAUCAACCAGCCCAUCUUCGCCAACGGCACCGCCUGCGACCAGCAGAUCCGCCUCUUCAACACCUCCCUGUCCCAGGGCGCCUUCGCGCCCGUCCCCGUCCGCGGCUCCGUCCGCUCCAGCCUCGGCCCGUUCCCCGCCGACGCGGCGUUUGGGGAUGUGGCCGGCUUCCAGGUCGCGACGCCGUUUAUCGAGAACAACUACCUCCCGUGCGAUAUGUUUAGAGGAUACAACCCGGUUAAGACCACUUGA